GGUAGCACAACCAGGAUCAUAUCCUGCGCACCUGAGACAAUACCUGAAUUUCGACUUUCCGUCACGUGGGGAAAACUUGUGUGGUUUUGUGUUUAUGUUCCAAAAACAAAAAGGCAUUGGAAAGGAUGGGUUAGAAAAAAUUGAUUUUCCAAUCAGCCCCUUGUGAAACAUCUCCUGAAAGCUUAAAGGGACCCUCCCACCUUCAAAAAAGUUAAUGAAUUGGCAUGAAAGUGAUGUCCCCUGGUUCAGAAAGAGCGAAAACGAUUAUCUACCAAAUUUCACCGAAAAAUAUUCACUGGUUUUCAAGAUAUUAGGCUUUUACUCUUGUUUACUUUUUGGGAUCUCCCCUGUUACUAGCGACUUUAUUUGGAAGCAAUAAUUUGGCAGCCUUAAAGUGCGGCAGACGUUGCGCGCAAAGCAGCGUAUACCACCACGUGUUAACGAUGGUUUUAGUCUAAGAUUUAAAAAUCGUUAGAUCUCCGCUGACGUCACAAAUUCUAAGGGGGCAUUCCAAUGCAUUAGCCCCUUAGAAUCCGAAAACUGCAAGUUUGAAAUUCCAUAUCUUCGAAUUAAAGCAUUUUUCGAUGUUGUGAGUGCCCAAACCGGUAUUUGCAGGCCAUGGCCACCAAUUUGGCUAUCUCAACUCAAAACUAAUGUUAAGGUGGGAGUGUCCCUUUAAAUUUUUAUCCCCUCCUGCUGGAUUAGUAGCUGUCUGCAGCCAUGGGCCUGACGAAGCAGUACCUACGUUUCGAAGCAGGUCCGGUGUUUGGUGUGAUCGGCAGCCGCGACUGCAACAUAUGCUGGCUGGAGCUGAACAAGGUGUCGCGCCGGUACGUGGCGGCGGCCGCCUGUGAGAAGGUGUGUGUCUGGGACACGGUGACCGGCGAGCGGCUGAUGGUGCUGCACGGCGGCGACAGCGAGGUCACCUGUCUGGCGGCGCACCCGGCGCGCGCGCUGCUGGCCGCCGGCUGCGCGGACGGCUCGGUGCGCCUGUUCUCGCUCAGCUCGGGCGACCUGCGCGUCACGCUCACCGGACACCGGUCGGCCGUCAGCUCCGUGAACUUCGACUCGGCCGGCAUGCGACUCGUCUCGGGGGGAAAGGACAACGAGAUCGUGGUGUGGGACGUGGUGGUCGAGGCCGGCCUGUACCGGCUACUGGGCCAUAAGGGCGCCGUCACCCAGGUGCGCUUCAUGCACCAGCACAACUGCCUCGUCUCCUCCUCCAAGGACACCUACGUCAAAUUCUGGGACCUGGACAACCAGCACUGCUUUAAAACGCUUGCCGGCCACCUGACCGAGGUGUGGGACUUUGUGCUCACGGAGAACGACUCGCGGCUGGUGACGGGCUCCGGGGACGCCGAGCUGCGGGUCUACACGCUCCAGUUCACGGAGGGAGACGACGAGCCGCCGGCCAAGGCGGCGCGCGAGGCGCCGGCCGACGGAGACGAGGAUGGCCUCGAAUCAGACAGGUCGAACUUGGAGUGCGUCCGCCUGGGCAGCAUAGUGCGCCAGGGCAAGGGACGCGUUUCACGGAUGGUCAUCGAUAGGCAUUGUCGGCUGGUCGGUUUCCAUGGCAAUGACAACACGCUGGAGCUCUUCUUCCUGAACACAGAGGAUGACAUCGCCAGGCGGCGGCAAAAACGCAUCAAAAAGGAGCAGAAACGUGCCAGGGAGGCUGGAAAGGAGGCGACGCCGGCCACCCAGGCUCUGCAGGAUGAGCUGCGCCGACUGCCCAGCAUCAACUGCCCCUCCAAGGUCAAGGCGGUGGACGUGUCGCUAGACGGACAACAGGCCAAGCUGACGGUGCUGCUGGCCAACAACUCGCUGGCGGUAUACGAUGUGCGCGUUGAGGCGCGCUCGGACGGCGCCGUGGUGCAGCCGGGCAGCCAGCUGCUGCUGCCCGGCCACCGCUCCGAGGUGCGCGCGCUCGACUUUUCCUCGGACGGCACCGCGCUGCUCUCGGCCUCCUCCGAGCAGCUCAAAGUCUGGAACAGGUCGACCCACCAGUGUAUCCGCACGCUGGACUGCGACCCGGCGCUGGCGGCACUGUUCGUCCCCGGCGACCGGCACGUGCUGGUCGCCGGUAAGUCGGGCCGGCUGCAGCUGCUCGAGCUCGCCUCGGGAGCGCUGCUGGAGAACGUGACGGCGCACGGCGGCGAGAUCUGGGGCAUGGCGCUGACGCCCGACAAACGCGGCUUCGCCACCGCCUCCGCCGACAAACAGGUGAAGCUGUGGCGUUUCGAGCUGGUCUCCACCGAGCAGGACCGCCGGCGGCUGUCGUUCCUACACACGGCCUCCCACACGCUCUCGGACGACUGCCUCAGCAUUCAGUUCUCUCCGGACGGACGGCUGCUGGCGGUGGCGCUGCUCGACUCCACCGUACAGAUCUUCUUCACAGACACCAUGAAGCUGUUCCUGUCUCUGUACGGCCACCGUCUGCCCGUCCUCUGUAUGGACAUCAGCCACGAUUCCACGCUGAUAGCCACCGGCAGCGGAGACCGCAACGUCAAAAUCUGGGGACUCGACUUCGGCGACUGUCACAAAUCGCUGUUCGCGCACGACGACAGUGUGACUGGUCUCAAGUUCGUCCCUCGCACGCACCAUUUCUUCACGUGCGGCAAGGACGGCCAAGUGAAGGAAUGGGACGCCGACUCUCACCAGCGGAUACAGACGCUGCAGGGCCACUGCCGCGAGGUGCUCGCGCUGGCCGUCAGCCCAGACGGCCGCCACGUGCUGAGCUCGUCUCGGGACCGCUCGCUGCGCCUGUGGCAGAAGACGGACGAGCCUCUGGUGCUGGAGGAGGAGCGGGAGGAGGAGAGAGCCAAGGAGGAGGAGCGGCGCCUGGCCACCGGGCCGGCGGCCGCCGUGCCCGGGGAGACGGACCGGGAAGCGGGCAGGGCCGGACACAAGACGGCAGACACCGAGAGAGCGGCGGAGCGGCUGAUGGAGGGAAUCACCAUCUACAAGCAGAUGUCGCGGGCACUGCGUCAGUCCAGCACGGCGGAGCUGCACCCGCUGAUGCUCGCCUACGGAUGCUCCACGCCAGACGCCUUCAUGGCUGAGGUGCUGAGGCGCGUCAAAUCCAGUGAGCUGGAGGAGAGUCUGCUGGUGCUGCCGUUCAGCUACGUGGCUGACAUGCUGUAUAUCCUGGAGCGGCUGCUGGCAGCCAGCGGCGAGGUGGAGCUCGUCUCGCGCUGCCUCACCUUCCUGCUGCGCGUCCAUCACGGACAGAUCGUCACCAACGGCGUGCUGGCGCCUGUCAUCGAGCGACUGCGGGCCGCGGCGGGCCGGGAGAUCGGCCAGCUCAGGGACCAGAUCGGCUUCUCCAGAGCCGGCCUCGAGUACCUGCAGCGGCAGCUCACUGAACGGGAAAACAUUUCACUCUUCAUCGACGCCUCGGAGCGCGUCAAGGACAAGCGCAAGAAGCGGCGGCGGCGGGAGCGAACGGCGCAGCGUGCCGUGCUCCUGAUGUAAAGGACUGCGUGGUCUUUCUGAGCUGCUGCUGUCCAAUUAUGUCCGCGGCGGGGUGGGUGUGUUAACUGUUGACCUUGGUGGUGCAUUGUGGAGAACAUGUCAUCAUUCAAUAAUGAUUUUACCAUGAAUAUAGGCGAGAUUUUGG